AUGGGGUUCUUUGACAACGUCAUGCUCCAGAUGGAUGAGGGCGUCUCGGGACUGUUCGGACAAUGGAAUACAUACACCACCGCCCUCGUCACUCUGCUCGUCGUUAUCGUCUCGUACCGCAUCGCGUCUAGCCAGGACCCCGAUACCCAUCCCAUGUUGCUUGCCCGCCAGGCGCAAGGCUCGCCCGUCCGACAAAAAGGAGAAUCGCCCGUCUACCGAUCCCACUCUUCUCCUCACGGCAUGCCUUUGAACAGCGGACUGAAUGUGAAGGAUCCUGGCGCUUCCAAGUGGUCCAGGGGACGGGACGGAGACCUUAGAGAUAUUUGGAGGAAGGCCGCGACCGGAGGGUCCGGCGAAGAUGGCCAACGUGCCGUGGGCAAGGGCCGCAUUUUCACGGUGUUGGGCCGCGAGAACGUUAUUGAGCACCAGCUUGAUGAUAUCACCCGACAGAUCAACCUGAUCGGGCAGCACAUCCAUGAGCAGGGAGGCAUCCGUGUUGCCAUCUAUCUGCCCAACUCCAUUGAACUGCUGGCCGCCUUGUUUGCAUGCAGUUUCUACCCCAAUCUCACGGCCAUCCUGAUUCCCUUCGAUGUGACCAAUGAGGAGCUCAUCAUGAUGCUUCGUCGUUCUGCCGCCGACACCGUUAUCACGGCACCCGGCACCUUCCCCUUCGACACCGUCGUAAAGGCCUACCCCUCUCUCCGCCAACUGAUCUGGGUCGUAGAUGAGGGCAGCAGCCACAUGGACUGGAACGAAGUUCCCGAGGGCACUGGCGGCAGCGUCAACGUUGCGACCUGGCAAGAAAUUAUCAAGGAUGCGCCUGCUGAUGCCUCGAGGGAGCUCCCGCCCAUCGAUAAGGAGAUUGAGCCGAAGGAUGUCGUUACGUUUUGGCAGACGAAGCCUGGAACUAUGGAAGAGAUGGUUCGGUUCACUCAGGCCAACUUGGUUUCUGGGGUUGCUGGUCAAAUCGCCGCCAUUCCUUCCACCCAACGACUCGGCCCGUCGGAUCUCUUCCUCCCGGCCGAUUCUCUGACCAACAUUUACACUCUCACUCUCACUCUUGCGGCCUUGUACUCCAACGCCUCCGUCGCCUUCAACUCCGUCGCAGGACGUUCGCCUGAUCUGGUCUUGGCCACACAGGGAGUGGCCCCGACGGUGCUGGUCGCCACGCCCGAGACUCUGCUGAGAACUCACCAGGAAGCGACCAAUCGCCUGACGUCCGCCAUAGGCAAGGUUGCCCACUGGGCCCAGUCUCGAACUCUGACGGAGAGCGGCGUCAUGCCCGUCGCCUCCGCCGCUUCUCGGUUCAACAGCUCGUCCCGCCCUGCGAUUGGCACUACCCCCGGAAAGUUGCGUCUUGUGUACGUGGCAGACAGAGCCGGCGCCGAGACACCGCCGCUGUCGUCUCGACUGCUGUCCGAUCUCCGCGUGUUUUUGGGUGCCAGGGUUAUUUACGCUCUCACGGCGGCCAAGGUUGCCGGAUCCGUGGCCCAGACUGGCUACUACGACUACAGAGUACAUGACGAUGAGCGUUCGCAUUUCGGCCCCCCUGUCACGAGCACUGAGAUCCUUCUGAGAGAUACGGAGGAGCUCAAGAAUGAGGAUCAAGACUACAAGGGAGAGGUCAUUGUGAGGGGUCCCUGUGUUGCAGGCAACGAGGCUUCUAUAAAGGUUGCGGGGAAGAUUCGGGACGACAACACAUUGGCGUAUGCCUAG